AAGCGGCUUGUAAACAGAGCCGGGCCGGGAUGGUCGGCGGCUGGGGCGGAGCGGCUGGCGGUGAGCAAGGCGGGCUGCCUGGGUCGGGGCCCUGCUGGGAGUCGGCUGCAGGCCGCGGGGGCGACCAGACCCAAGCCUCGGAAAUCAAGGAUUGGUGCUGCACCGCUUUGAUAACUACUGCCCUGUCUCAUGAAUAAGCCCCUAGAUGGCCAGGUGAAGGUCACGGCCACUUGUUUCCUCAGCUGCACUGAUGAACCAUUGCUCUCUGUUGGCUGAAUGUUUGUGACACCCUUUCCUGAAGCAGUUUAGAAGACUUAGACCUCUUGGACCCUGGGUCAUGGAAGCUUUGGAAGUGGAUGACAUCAGCCCUGCCUUGGAGGUGACAGAGGACUUCUUUAGUACUUUCGAUAGUAAGCUGGAAAAGGCUGUGCAGCAAGCAGAAGUUUAUGGGAUUCAGGAAGUCCCUGAACUCGUGGGGCAUGAGGUACUCAGUAGCAUAACAGACAAUGGUGCUUUGAGAAAUGUUGCCUCCCUAGGCAAGGGGACCAUGAUUUGGGACCACUGUAAGAGCAGACUCCUAGAAACCAAAGCUCAAAAUGUCUUCCCUGCCAAAGAACAGCUUAUGGUCCAGAGAGGGACAGCCCCAGAUAACCUUUCCUGGAUGGAGCAAAAAGAAGCAUCAACCUUCAACUUUUUCAACAUCUGCCAGCGUCGGAGGGACAGACCUCGCUCUGUGAAUGACUUAUUAGAUGAGACUACCACUUUCAAGCCAGGACAUGCUCGGUCCAGGUCCGAUGUCACCCACGUAGACUGGCGGGUAGUCCUUAGCACCAUGCCUUUGCAGCAGCAGCAGCAGCUAUCCCUUCAAGACCCUCACUUUUCCAGUCCAUCUUUUCUGUUGCAUUCACCCAGUAAGAUUGAAGAUGCUCAAGGAAAUACAGAACACAAGCAGACAUUCCCAAACAUCCUGAAGAAGGGUUAUCUGGAGAUCAGGAAGAACCAUGACAGUUACUGGCAAAGCUGCUACGCUGAACUCUCACCCUACGGCCUGCACUUGUACAGCCUCGACAGCAGUGGGAAUCAGAGCCUGCAUGCCACGUACCAGCUUUCACACUUCCAGAGCGUUUCCGUUCUAGGCAAUCUCGAGGCCAGGAUGGUGGACACUGUUCUCUAUGACAAUUCUCAGCUGCAGCUAAAGGCAGAGUCCCCAUGGGAGGCCCUGGACUGGGGGCAGAAGCUCUGGGAAGUUGUGCAUGCUGCUCUGCCCAGUUAUAUGGGCCAGCAGGAUGACCUGGCAAACUCACCAGGACUUGGUCAUCAUGUUGACUGUACACAGAACCACUGUUUGCAGAAGAAAUCCAGUGGGCUGCUGUCCUCCCCUGUCUUGGAUAGCCCCAAACAGUACCAAAACAUCCUCAAAUCAGGGACACUCUACAGAUUGACUGUCCAAAAUAACUGGAAGGCAUUUACAUUUGUGCUGAGCAAGGCCUAUCUUAUGGCCUUCCACCCUGGCAAGCUAGACGAGGAUCCCCUGUUGAGCUACAAUGUGGAUGUGUGUCUGGCUGUGCAGAUAGACAACCUGGAUGGUUGUGACUCUUGCUUUCAAGUCAUUUUCCCCCAAGAUGUCCUCCGCCUCCGGGCUGAGACCCGACAGAGGGCACAGGAAUGGAUGGAGGCUCUGAAGACAGCGGCCAACGCGGCAAGGAGUUCUGAGCAAAACCUGCAAGUCACGCUGAGGAACAAAGCCAAGGAUCAGAUAGGUGGCCAUGAGCAGCGGAAGAACAAACGCCAGUCCGUGACCACCAGCUUCCUGAGCAUCCUGACAACUCUGUCUUUGGAGCGAGGACUCACUGCUCAGAGUUUCAAAUGUGCAGGAUGCCAGCGAUCUAUUGGUCUUUCUAAUGGCAAGGCCAAGGUGUGCAAUUACAGCGGGUGGUACUACUGCAGCAGGUGCCACGUGGACGACAGCUUUCUCAUCCCAGCACGAGUAGUUCACAACUGGGACACUUCAAAAUAUAAGGUGUCCAAGCAGGCCAAGGAGUUUCUGGAGUAUGUGUACGAAGAGCCGCUGAUCGACAUCCAGCAGGAGAAUCCCAUGCUGUACCUCCACGCAGAGCCGCUGGCCACGGUGGUGCGGCUGCGGCAACAGCUGAAAUCACUCCGAGCGUAUUUGUUCAGCUGCCGGGCCGCAGUGGCGGAGGAUCUGCGGCGCAGAAUUUUCCCCAGAGAAUACCUCCUUCAACAGAUCCACCUGUAUUCUGUUGCUGACCUGCAGCAGGUGAUAGAGGGAAAACUGGCACCGUUCUUGGGCAAGGUCAUUAAAUUCGCCACCUCUCAUGUCUACAGCUGCAGUCUUUGUAGCCAGAAAGGGUUCGUCUGCGAGAUCUGUAACAAUGGCGAGAUCCUCUAUCCAUUUGAGGACAUUUCGACAAGCAGGUGUGAAAGCUGUGGCGCUGUCUUCCAUUCCGAGUGCAAAGAAAAGUCGGUCCCCUGCCCACGGUGUGUCCGCCGGGAGCUGCAGAAGAAGCAGAAGUCCUUCUGGCGGCAGCUGAAUGUGGACGAGAGCCUGGAGGAGGCGUGCACCAUGUUCGAGCUGUCCUACCAGAACACCUGACUGCAGGCUGGGCUGCAUGCACCACAGCCACCCAAGGGCCACUUGUGCCCAUGCAGAUGAGGCUCUUUCCCCUUCAGCUAGAUGUAGAUAUAUAAGUUAUUUAUUUAUACUAUAUACACACCUAUACGUCCUGUACGUAUGCUUUGUGUAACCCAUUGUCCAGAAGUCCACAGAGACCCUGUAGCUGAACUCGUACUAGAGAGCUGAGUUACACUUAGCCAUGAAAUUCAGCUGCUUGCCCCGGCAACUGUGGUUCCCACACUGCUCCAUAGCUCAAACCCUGUGCUCACACUGGCUCGAAGAGCAGGUCUGCUGCACAGGCAUCGGAGGAAGCAUCUCCCACAGCACAGCUUUGGGUUGUUACUGAAUUUUAGCGUUUGCUGGGGAAAAUGAGGUAGAGAUCACUGUCAUCUGCUUCGCAAGGAAAUCUCCGAAACACAAGAAUACUUCUGGAUCCUCCUCCCGAGGCUCCACAGUCCUUGGCAGAGAUGAGAGCACUGAAGCAGAGCCAUGAAGCAGAAACCCAAAGGGUCCCUCCCUCCAGCAGAAAGCUUGAGGAGCAGAGCCACCCUGGGCUUGAAGCUAAUCCCUGCAAAUGACGACACAGACCUCAGCGGCCAGUCACUGCACAUCCCCAGCUGCUUGCUGGUACAAAAGGACCUCAGCGGCCAGUCACUGCACGUCCCCAGCUGCUUGCUGGUACGAGAGGACCUCAGCGGCCAGUCACUGCACGUCCCCAGCUGCUUGCUGGUACGAGAGGACCUCAGCGGCCAGUCACUGCACGUCCCCAGCUGCUUGCUGGUACGAGAGGACCUCAGCGGCCAGUCACUGCACGUCCCCAGCUGCUUGCUGGUACAAAGCCCAGCAACUGCCUGAUGAUAGCUACAGAGUGUGCACGGGCAUCCUAAGACCAGAUCUCCAAGCAUGGCAUGGAGGACAUGUGUUAUUUUUUCAUAGUACUGGCCAAGAAGAAAUAUCCCAGGAUCGUCCUGAAGCAUCUCAGUGUAUAGACUGCUGUAGCAUAUGCCAUGUGCACCUUGAGGACCUGAUGUUUCCUUUCCUGGAGUCCACCAUAGGCAGUGCCCACCUGACAUUCAAUGUUUUAUUGCUCAUUGUCCAUCACAGCACUUUUGAUCCUCAUCAGUCCAUGUAGUGACUCUUGCUUUCGUAUUCUGGGUGUUUUGUUUGUUUGGGAUGGGGGUAUAUUUUAAGAGGGUCUUGCUAUAUAUAUCCCUGGGCUGGUCUCAAACUUGUGAUCCUGCUGCCUCAUCCUCCCAGUACUGGGAUUGCAGGAGUGUACCACUAUACCUGCCCUGCUUUACUUGUUUUUAAUUAUUUUAAAAAUUAUUUAAAAUUAAAAAAUUAUACAAUUAUUAAAGAAUAACUUGAAAAAUACCAACCUAAAUUAUUAAGAAAAUACCAAACAUAAAUAGAAUUCAUGAAUUUAAUAGUAUUAAAAUAAGUAGAUUUAUACAUAAAUAUAUAUUGCCACCUUACAGUAACACAAGUAAAUAUUAUAAGAAUGAGAAAUGAAUCCCUUUGCUCUUUGGAGCAGUCCCCUUGGUAGCCCUUUGUAAGAGCCUAUGUAGUUGUCACUGUGACCAAGAUGGCUGGUAGGAUGGCACUGGGAACCCGAUGGCCAGCAUUCCUGCUGCCUUAACACGAGGAUGUAAUUGGUUAGUGUGUCUUUCGUGUUGAACUGAUGCUGCCCAUGCUUCCGUCUGUUGUUCAGAUCUAGGGGAACACUGGCUCACAAAGCAUGUGUCCAUCGCAUCUCCAUGCUGUUCCCUGCAGGCAGCAGCUCUUUGAUGUGCACUGGGGGACAGCUGGCCGACUUGUGUGGCCGAGGGUGAGCGGCUCACCUCAGCCCACACCGUUACCUCUGGCCCAGACCACAACAUUCACACUACACAUGCGUUUAUUUCCUGGCUACCUGGAAGCUAUAACCAAGGCCUGAAACUUGGUGAAAGACCAGGGCCCUAUUUACCAGACACCUCCGGUAAGUAGGUACCUUUUUUAAACUCUGGGAAAAGUUGACACCCCUCAGACAGAGUAGUAGAGACUGUUGCACACGGAAAGACAAGGGCGGAAAGUCUGCAAUGCUUGGCAAAUAGGCAAACAGAUUUGAGUCUCCCUUCUUCUUCCCCUUCGUGAAAUACAGUAUUUAUAUUUUCCAGCCUCGGAGAAGAGAGCAGAGCAUGCUCUUCCACAGGAGAGUUAUAGACCUGCUUAUUCUGAAACAGAUGUGCUCCUGCGGCGCAGCGCCUUCUCUCUCCACCCCCAAAUCCCUGUCACUGCAGCUUAGUCUUUGGCCUUGCUGUAAUUAAUGUAUCUGAGAUUCCAACUGAGCAUGGAGGCCUGAAGAACACAGCCGCCCCCUCCCCCUCACACACACACACACACACACACACACACACACACACGUUUGCCCUGUGUACAGAACUCACAGGUGCCCAAGGUCAGACCUCCAAGUCAAGGGUGAAAUCUGAAUCCCUGCUCAAGACACCUGAGUUGUCCCUAACUGUCCUUUAACGGGCCCUGCUGUGUGAGCCGAUCUUGGGAGUGCCUAAGAACUUACCCUGGACGUUGCUUUUUGCUUCCUUUUUUUGAAGGGGAAAAAGAUAAACAGUUGUCAUCAGCCAUCUAGAACUAAGCCACGUCCCUACCACUUCUGUUUUCUCUCUGGUGUAUGUCCCUGAGAGCCUAGUCCAUGCCAGGCCUAACAACCAUCUCUGCCAACACCACCAAAAUCUGAUGGGACACAGUGGAGCCAGCUUAGGAGUUGGGUCUACCAUGAAAAUUCAAAAUUGCUAUUUUCAGCCCUGAAUGCCAUAGAGUGCAUGAAGGCCCUUACUGUUUUUAGGCCUAACAAAUUACUUGGUGCGGUGUUAGAUAAUUGUUCUCCUGCUUAGAAACCACCGAAAGAAAAGCGAGCCUGUGGAGUCCCGCCUCCUUCUCUCAUCUCGGUAAAUAUCAUACAAGCAAAGCACAAUGGAAAAUGGCCCAUUAAUCUCCCGGAGCUGGCAGUGGAGUCCGGGGAACUGGUGUAGCACAAGAAUUCCCUCUGCUCAUGCCAGAAACUCGUGUGACACCAUCCAGCCUGGGGGAAGUGUUGGCACCCAACCCCACCGUCAAGAAGCCAGUUCCCAAAAUAGACCUGUGUUUGCACUGCAGCAGGAAGGCCAGAGAGCUCCAGAGGCGGUCAGUCGCGAUGGCAGGGCUGCCUCUUCCCAAAGUUGAAAGCAGCUUUAUGUGAAAACCAUGUAAACUCUGCUUCCCCUGAACUUUCUGUGCUGAAUAAGGACCAUCUUUUGGGAGUCUUCACAUUUGAUGAGCUGAGUGGUAACCACUUCUUACUUCUAUAAUCGGCCUCUACCAAAACAGAGAAUGUGACUGCAGUGCCUUGGGAUGUGCAGGUUCUAGUCCAGUCCUGAGAUAGCCAGUGUUGUGAUGCCCCUCAGCUGCCCCUAAACAGGUUUCUCUGUUAUGCCGUCACUGUGGCUAAGUUGCAGUGCACCCUCUGGUGAGGUCUGGCCUCUCGCUGCUUGUCAUGGGUGCACCCAUGGGUUUCUUUCUGUACCUCCUUAAGGAGACUCGGCCUCCAGCCCAGCCAGCUUAUUCUCUAUCCGUGGGCCAGAACCACCAGACACAAACUACCUAUCAGAGCAGGAUCACAGCGAUGCCACACAUCCCGAGCACCAACUACAAGGACCGCUGCCAUCAAGGAAGCAGAGACACGUUCUGCUGCUCAUUCCAGGGAGAGCCCCGCCACUCUGACCCUGCAGAUUAGCCCUCUCUGUCACCUCCCAGGCUUUGUUGAAAUCACUAGAUUAAGAACUAAUCUUUGAUCCUUUGUUGGAAUACUGCCUGGUUCCAACAUAGACUUUAUUUUAUUUUGUUUUAUUUUUUUUCUUGUAGAAAGCUGUGCAGUUUUAUUUGGGGAGUUUUUUCUACACUACUUUUCACCUCCGAAAUAACAUGGAAAAGUCGGGAAUUUCAGACGACAGGGAAUGGCUGGCACUUUCCUCCUUGGCCUGGCUGGAACCGCUGACCUUUCUCCUUCUCCUUGUUGAUGGUGGGCAUUAGGAGUUUGGGCCACCUCUCUGCACCUUCCUACUUGCCUGACCCCAGGUUACUACAGUUGACAUGAAGAAUCCCCUCGGCAAACCUAACCCAUGCUGUUCUCUGUCAUGGGGACAGGGUAUUGACAGCUAGGACUCAGCACCCAGCAACUCUUCCUAGAGAUUGUUGUGUCCUUUCUUUGGAUUCCAAGUUCUGACUCAAGAAUUUCUUCCUGGUGUGUUUGAGUGGGUGCAGGGCUGAGAUAAAAAUUCCACACCACUGUAAAACUCGGUAAAAAAAAAAAAUCAAAGGAAAGCAUAGAAUAUCUCCUAGCCUGACCACACCUGUCGGAGCUUGAUGGAGCCCUGGCUUCGCAGAGUCGGCCCUGGCGUGCUAGGGAGCUCUGGCGAGUGGGACACGGGCCACUCUGCUGGAUCCAUCUUGGAGGGAAGAGGCCACUGACUGCUCAUCUUUUUAGGAAGCCCCUUAGUGAAGCCAGUUGUUUCCCAGGCCAGUUGAAUAAGACACCUACCACAGCUUUUCCACAGUUGAGUCCCUCUAGCUGGCCAUGGAAGCUACAGACCAGCCCCGUCCUCUCUCUUGACUCCCUUGCCCCUUCAUCCUCAUCCCUGGUCCAGAUUUGGGCCUCUUGAACUGGCCUAUGGCUCCUCCUUCCCACUGUCUCUUUCCCUGUAGGAGUGCCUUAUAGUCUAGUAUAGUCUGACCCACUUGAAGCCUGCAGGACCCUUCAGCUAACCGUGGAUCUCCUGGCUCUUCCUGCCGGCCGCUCUUCAGUACACAGCAUACUGGAACCUGAUUAUUCCAUGAUCACAUCAGACCUUCCACCUUUGCUUAACCUGGUGCCUUAACUUCACAAGUAAAGGGAUUCACAUUGUAAACACGUUAUUGGAGUGGAACAUCGGUUUCUUCAGUGCCAUUGGCUCCUUUACCAGGAAAUACAAAAGACAAAACACAAUGUUUUGGCCUUGUUUUAUGUUUCUUAGCCACUCUGUUUGCUUGCUUUCAUUAACCAAACUCAGGGGAAUGUCAUGUCACCAAGGUCAAUGAGGGAAGAAACUAGCUACCUAGAACUGAAUAUGUGAAGUCUACGGACUUAGUCCUUAUGAAGUUCAAAGUGACACCAAUACAAAGGUGUCCCCUUCUCUGCCACCUGUGCCCCACAUGAGAAGGGGAAGCCUCUAAGAUGCAUGUUGAUGAUGGUGUCCCUGUGUGCAACCUGGGCAACCUGCUGAGCCACCAAAGCAGGCUUUGCUGGUGGAGUGUUCUGCCCUAGGUCGCCUGUCAGGCUCUCAUUGUAAACAGUUAUUCUCUGUCUCUGGGGAAUGGAGAAUGCCAAGAGUGCAGGUCUGCAGGCGGAGGACGAGAGGGUGGUGAUGCAGACAGCUUGUUCUCGGGCUCCCGCGUCAGAUCCCUGUCAUUGCCCCUUAGUUCUGCUCAUGCAGUACGGAAUCAAUUAGGACUUUGCAUUUGAGCUGUUCCAUCCCUCUGUGUAGUGGUUUGCCAUAGCUGAUGUGCUAAUUUGUGUGUUCUUUGUUGUCUGAAUUUUAUUGCUUUUUGUUUUGGGUUAAUUUAUCCACAUUUUUGUUUACAUUAUUAUCUUUUAAGAUAGUUACUGUAAUAAUAUAAAACGGAGGCUACACUCUUGACAGAGCAUCUCUUUUUACCCGUUCCAAAUUGUAUACAGUUCUCUCUCUCUCUCUUUCUCUUUCUCUCUCUC